CAGUGCGUGUAGUCAAACGCUAGAUGUCGCUGUUUCCGUCCGUAGACCGCGGAGGGUUGAGCAGCCGGCUUCCCCGCGCGCCAAACAGCCGGAAAAAAACUUCGGCAAAAAUGGCGGAAGGUGCGACGUCUCUGAAAGGGUUGCGGGCGCAAAUGGCUGCAGCUGCGCAGGCGCAGGCAGAGGAACGGCGCAACCAGGCAGGGAACAGCCCAACACCAGCAGCUCCAGCCGGCACAGUGAAGACCCAAACCAGGCCAGUCAUAGAUGGGGCAGCCUUGAGGAUAGACGACAAACUCAGAGUGGCCAAAGAGAGGAGAGAAGAGCAGGAAAAGCAACAUGCAGCCCGUGAGACUCAGCUCCUGGAGCGAGAGCGUAAGACCCGGCUGCAGGUGGAGAGACAGAUGGAGGAGAGACAGAAGAAGCUGGAAGAGCAGCGCAGGAAGGAGGAACAGAGGAGAGCUGCAGUGGAGGAGAAAAGGAAACAGAAAUUAGAGGAAGAAAAGGAGCACUAUGAGGCCGUGAUGAGACGUACCCUUGAGCGCAGCCAGCGAGUAGAGAGUAGAGAGAGACAGAAGAGAUGGUCCUGGGGUGGACUUUCAGACUCUGACAACAAAAAUGGACAGACUGACAGUGGCCCCGCCUCCUCCCCGAUUGCUAUAGUAAUCUCCCCUGCUUCUCCAGCCACCAAGCAACCAAGGAAUCAGACGUCACAAGACAAGCGCUCUUCCUCUACUACAAACCUGAAACAGACUGACUCAGUUAUCAGCAAGCGUCUCUCCUCAUCCUCAGCCACCCUCCUUAAUUCUCCUGAUAAAAGUGCAAAGAGGAGAAGUUUGUCUUUGAACCGGUUGCCUAACAAUGUUCCUCAGACCUCUAAAGAAGUGCAUAAGCAGCCUCAGGUGGAAAAGACAGGCCCAAUCCUGAAGAAACGAAGCUCCUCCCUCUCUCAAGUAGGGGCUAAAACGCAGCCUGUCACCAAACCAGAGAAAUCCCCAGCAGAUCAAUCAGCUCGCCGCUUGUUGGCUGCCCCCGUGGAUAGCAGUGUCCUCAGUCGGCUGCUCACACCCACCCAGGCCUCGCUAGCUAGAAGCAAGAGUGCUGCGGCCCUGUCCGCCGAAGGAGGAGACACCCAAGAGUCUCACCUGUGUCCUCGUUCAGCAUCUGCCAGCCCCUUGCAGCCCCCACCAGGACCCCUACGCAGUCGCAGCAGCGAUCGAAAAAAAGGCCCUCCAGCUUCUGUGUCUUCAGAUGGCAUUUCCAGUAUGAUGCAGCAAGCUGAUAAGGAGAAACGCUUCAAGUCACCAGUAGGAAAACGCCCUGCCUCACCCUCUAGUCGUCAUCGAUCCCCGUCUCCUUCUCCCGCUGGUAACACCACUACAAGAGCGCCCUCACCUGGAGCAGCCAAGCAGAGUCCACGCUUCCGCACUCCUUCCCCAAGUGGUUCGAAACAGCGGCCUCCAUCCCCUCAGCCCUCUGCCACAUCCAAACCUCCACCCAUCCAGAAACCUGCUCUCACCCCCACUGGCCCACCCACCCUUCGCAAGAGGGACUCCAAGCCAAAGGAAAUGUCUCCCAUGAUGCCCGUCACCCCACAGUCUCCAGAAACCAGCACGCCCAGCCCGGCACCCAAGGCCAUAGAGGAAUCCAGUUCAAAGGCAGGAAUCGCAGGAACUAACUCAGCUGCUGAGGCUUCCAAGAUCCUGGCGGAGAACCGGCGUCUGGCACGCGAGCAGAAAGAGAAAGAAGAGCAACAACGCAUACAGAGAGAAGAAGAGGAGAAGCUGAGGAAAGAGGAGGAGAAGCGGCUGGCGGAGGAGGAGCGCUUGAGGCUUAUAGAGGAGGAGAAGAGGCUGGCGGAGGAGAGGAAGAAAGAAGAGGAGGUGCAGGCUCGUAUAGCAGAGGAGGAGAGACAGCAAAUGGAGCUGGAGGAGCAGCAAAGACAGGUUGAGCUAGAGAAAGAGCGAGAAGAGGCUGAAACAAAGGCCCAAGAGGAAGCAGAAAGGCAGCGUCAAGAGAGAGAACGCAUUAUGCAACAGAACCAACAAGAGCGCAUGGAGAGAAAGAAGAGAAUUGAAGAAAUUAUGAAGAGGACCAGAAAAACAGACCAAAUCGAUUUUAAGAGUAAUGACGAGAGGGACAUUCCUGAUGAAAAUGGAGAGGAGGCUGAGGACCAAAUAUACUGUGAAAAUAAGGAGAACGAGGCUGUCAAGUCAGAGCAGAAUGCCAUGAAGACAGAGCCAUCAGACUCUCAGAAGCAUCACUUACCUGUGGAGGAGCCAGUCAGCGAGCAAGAAGAGCCAGUUGAUAGUAUGAACACACAAACAGAUGUAGACAAUAAAGAGAACCGCAAUGGACCCAAUACAGAGGAUUUCUCAGUGGACUGCAGCCCCCCUCCCAAGUCUUGUCUGAUGGAGGGCUUGGAGUUUGUGAACGAGGACUCUAAAGUGAACCUGGUGCCAGGGUUGAAUGGUAAAGGAGGACCCUGGAGCUUUGAGGAGCUCAUAGAUCUGGGUGUUCAUGCAAAGAGCAAACCCCUGAUGGAUGAUGGGGGCCCUGAAGAGCCUAGAGUGGCCAGCUCCAUUCAUCCAGCCCAGCCUAUUGAAGCUCUGUCUGAGAUGUGAAUGCAGAGGUCUGUUUAAGGCCUGCUGAUUAUUGCACUCCAUGAGUCACGUCCAGCUGAGCCUCAGUGUCAGCGCUCAGACUCGUCUGGACAGCCAGGGAAAGCACACAGUGCCGCACAGCCUCUGCAGAUAAUAAAUGGAUAAAGCAAGAGAAAAUAAAGUUGGAAGUAACAAGCUAAAGAAAUGCUUCAGGGAAAAUUAUAGAUUCCUUCAGAGUGCUUGUUUCGGCUCUAUGUCUUUAUAAUAUUGACAUCAGGAUUUGUUUUUUCAUGUAUUUCUUAAAUGUAUUGUUUUGUUUCUUGUUGCUUUCAUCUUUUAAAUAUGGAGACAACUUAUUUAUUCAUGUGGUUUCUCCACAUUUAAAAAGCUGCUUUCUUUUGACUGUUACCACGUGCACUUUUUGACUUAAUUCCAGUGCAGGUGUUCACGUGGCACAUACAAAUUCAUUAUAGCUUCAACUUAAGCAUUUUGUUGAAUAAUCUAGUUGGUUGAGUCAGUGUGAAUCAUUUUGAAAGAGGAUACUCUCACAUAUCUUCAGCUGACAGCUCAGCAUUGUGACCCAAACGGGAACCUGUCAUUGAAACACGAGGUUAGACGAGCUGCUCGGCAACUCUCCAGUUCUGAUGUGCUUUUAUUGUGACCUCAGGAUAUUUUCCUCUAAGUUUCUGUUUCUCCUUUCCAAAAGCAUAAACAUCACCACUGUAGUGUUUAACACUAUGUCCUGGUGCAACAACUGAAGCAUUCCUACCGUCUAAGGCUUGUAGAUAGCAAAUCUAAAUGUUUCAUUAAAACCGUUUACCAGACUAAUUCUACUUAAAAUGGAGUGCAAACAUGUUCAUACUGCCUUGAGCUCUGAAACUGAAGGAUGAUGGAGCUCAAAGCAGAUUGAAGUAACACUUGUUGCUUUUGUUUAAUGAGGUUUUUAUGUCGUUCAUUCCUGUUUUGUAGAAAAUAGCUAUAUUGUUGAUGUCCUGUUCUACCUGUACAUAAAUAUAACUAGUUAUCAAAUAUCUAAUUUAAGUGAUUCUCUAUGUCUGCAUGAAUCUAUCUGCUAGUACAUUGCAUAAUAUAACACAGAAUUACUGUAACGCUUACUUGCACACUUUCCGCAUGUUUCUAUUCCCUUUGAAGAAACGUGUUCCAGUGGCUAAACUUGAAUGAUUUAAUGUUGUCCAAUGCCCAACGUCCCCUCAGGGUUAUCCUUUACUAUCAGGUCCUGAUGUUUUUUCAUGUAUAUACAGUUACUGUUAGUUUUCACAUCCAUUCAUGGCCUAAAUAACCACACUAAAUUUAGUCCUCUCUUUGAAAAUACACAAUAUAUAUAUUUAAAACUCUUCUAAGUAUUAUGUAAAUCAGUAUUAGGAUGUCUGGCUAUACUUGUGGUUGGGAAAAAAAACUAGGCAGCAGGUUAAUGUGCUGUAUAGUGUGCUACAACACUGUACUGUAAGAUGAAGGACAGAUGUAACUAACUGCACACAGCACCAGCGCACAUUUAAAUUUUUUUGAACAGAGUGUGAAGUGAAGUGAGUUGGGGAAAAGAAAGUGGACUGAGGGUACAAGCAAAGUCAAAAGGGCUUUUUGAUUAUGAAGCUGCUUUGAGGUUGAACAGGGAUCCAUUGAGCAUGUUGCCUCUCACAGAGGUUGAGAAUUACAAUUUAAAUGUGCGGCUAUCUGUGAGGAUAUAGGGGAAGUUCAAGUGAUUUAUGCACUAAUGGUGAGGAUUUAGCUAUUGAUUUAAAUGUCCAGAAUGUUGUGAUGAAUGAUUGGUCUCCAUAUGCUUGAAGAGUUCAGAUGGCUUUGUGUACUGUAGUUGAGUUCACUUUGAAAUAUUAUGUGCAGUAGUUUUACCAGUCAAAGGCCAGAAACCGUUACAUUUGUGGUUAACCAGUAAGUAAAUUUCCUUAUUUGUAUACUUCCUUCCACGUUUAGGAAUACUGUAGAUCACUCAAUAUGUAUUUAAUAUUCUUCUGUUAUUUUAUAUGCAUCGCUUUCUGUCAUUUUUAUCCUUUGUUGUAUAAUAGUCACUUUUCAGAAUUGCAUUUUGACUCAGGCUCUUAAGUCUCCAGUGGAAAGUUGUUUGCGGAGGUUAGAAGUGACCAGCGCUUGGCAUGAGACUUCUGUACAUAGGUUUUGAGAUCAUUGUGAUUUCCUCGGUUUUGGCCUUUUAUACUCAAUAAUACUUUGCAUUUCCGAAAUUGCUUCAGGUUGUGGUGUAGCUGAUGCAGACCCAAUCACUGAGGUUUUUAGUUGCGUUUGCUUUGGUGAUUCACUAGCACAGCCACUUUCAGACGAGUUUAGUCCAGUGCAGAUUUUGUUUCCACUAACAGGACUUUUAGAGUCCUUUGCGCUCCAUAUAUCAGAAUUAAAACUCUUCUUUAAUGUCAAGUACUCAUUACUGGUGUAGAAUAGGACGGUGCCUUAGAUGCAGAAUGGGUUGUAUUUUAUUUUCAUAUAUUAAUACCUUAACGUGUCACGUGAGCUUACCUCGUCCAUGACAAUCACUCUACUCGACCAGGGUCAUGAAUGGGAUCUGCAUUUGUUAGAGCAGGUUCUUGUCUUGAAAUAGCCCUGACCACAAAAUAUAUUUGUAAAUAUAUCUAAAAUGUACUUGAGAAAUAUAAAUUGUUAAAAUAAAGUUUUGGAAGAUAA